AUGACGUUUAGUACGCCUCCUUUUAUCCACUUGGGUAUUGAUGUCAGGACUGGCAAGUCCUAUCACAUUUGUUCACAUAAAUCACUACUAUCUUUCGGUGCUAUCCUGUUACUAUUGGUGGCCAUGUCAUCUGAGCGGUUCCUAUUCAAGGUCAUGGUGGAUCGUAUGGAGUCGUACAGAUACUUUUUGUUCCAGUUCAUGACAUUACUGUACAUUCCUCCAAUGUUUUGUAUUGUUGGUUACAAGGCAACGCACGAUAAUCUUGCGGAAGAUGACGGAGUGGAAUUUCCAAAAUUCUACUUUUUUGUCAUGGGGCUACUUGACCUCCUCCAUGGUCUCAUGUUGUUUAUUGCCGGUGGUCGAACAGACCCAACGGAGACACUCUUGUUUAUGCAGGCAUCUAUCCCGAUAUCAGCUUGCAUCUCAGCAGCAUUUUUCGGUGUGAGAUAUACGCGACCUCAGGUUAUAGGCAUGCUAGCUAUCACGGGCGGUCUUAUUCUGUCGCUGAUUCCUUGCAUUGAAGAUAUUCACAGCGAAAGUUUUGACGAUCAGGAGAUCGGUUGGAACAGUAUCUUCUACCUCUUUGCUGCGAUUCCGGGCUCGUUGUCCAUGCUUUAUAAAGAACACGUGAUUCGUGACCAGCCAGUGAAUAUGUCUUACCUAAACGCAUGGGUUUCGAUGAAUCAGUUUGUAGCUGGAUUGCUUGUCGCUCCGCUCAUGUUCGACGUCGAAUUUCUCCACCUUGACCAGAAAUCAAGUGGUUUCAUGUGUUUGAUCCAAGGCGAGAGCGAGGUGUCUACGGAUCACUGCUAUAUGGGUCUUCCAAUCUUAAUCCUCUAUGUUUUCAGCAACCUCGUCGUAAAUCUGCUGCUGCUGCAGCUUAUCCGACUGACAAGCGUUUCAACCAUGUACGGGUGCACGCUUGCGGGAUUUGUGACUUCAUUCAUGGUUCUGGCGUGGUAUCAAGUGGACCCUGACAAUUUUGGCAUCAUAAAUCUUCACGAUGGUUUGCGAAACUGGAUCCCGCCUUCUGUAUUCGUGGAUGUAUUUGCGUUCCUGGUCAUUUUUGUGGGCAAGGUACUUUAUCAGUGGGAUUCAGAUCCGAAGGUAGAAGCAACAACUUUGUCUGCGGAGGACAAAGAGGUUAUGUCAUUACUCAACGGAGAAGACGACUAUGGGCUCCGUUACACAUAA